CCUUUACUUUGAAAGGAACCGACGGAUAUCCGUUUUGUAUUGUUUCUUCCGGGACGUUUGGAGUUGUUUGAGUUGUUACGUUUCUUGGCCGAACGGAGAAAUAAACCAUAAUGGGAGCUUGUUUGGCUCUGAGUUCCCUCGCCAGCUGUGCGUCCUGUUUGUGCGGCUCGGCCUCCUGCCUUUUGUCAUCAUGCUGCCCGUCCACAAACAACUCAACCAUCAGCCGGCUGGCUUUCUCCUUCCUGCUGCUGCUGGGAACGCUGGUGUCCAUCAUUAUGAUUCUUCCAGGCAUGGAGGAACAUCUUAAAAAGAUUCCAGGUUUCUGUGUGGGCGGCACAAGCAUACCUGGCAUAAAGAACCAUGUGAACUGUGACGUCAUCGUGGGCUACAAGUCCGUGUACCGCGUGUGCUUCGCCAUGGCCUGCUUCUUCUUCCUUUUCUCCAUCAUCAUGAUCCGAGUGCGCAGCAGCAAGGACCCCCGUGCUUCCAUCCAGAACGGGUUCUGGUUCUUCAAGUUUCUGGCUUUGGUUGGCCUAACUGUGGGAGCCUUCUUCAUCCCUGAUGGCACCUUUACUACUGUGUGGUAUUACUUCGGCGUAGUCGGCUCCUUCAUCUUUAUCAUCAUCCAGCUCAUCCUGCUGGUUGACUUUGCACAUUCCUGGAACCAGUCCUGGCUGGAGAAAGCAGAAAAUGGAAACAAAAAGUGCUGGUUUGCAGCUCUCCUGUCAUUCACCUUCAUCACCUAUGCUCUGGCUUUUACUGCUGUUGUCCUCUUCUAUGUGUUUUACACCCAACCGGACGACUGUACGGAGCACAAGGUCUUCAUCAGCCUCAAUCUCUUCUUCUGCAUCGCUGUGUCUAUUGUGGCCAUUUUGCCCAAAGUUCAGGAGGCUCAGCCCACUUCAGGCCUGCUCCAGGCUUCUGUCAUCUCGCUUUAUACCAUGUAUCUCACCUGGUCAGCCAUGACCAACAACCCCAACAAACAGUGUAACCCCAGUCUGUUGAGUUUGGUCCAGCCCAGCAGUCCCACUCCACCACCGGGCCCCGCUCAAGCUCCAGGAUACGUGCAGUGGUGGGACGCGCAGAGCAUUGUGGGACUCCUCGUCUUCUUGUUCUGCACACUUUAUGCCAGCAUCCGCUCCUCCAACAACGCCCAAGUGAACAAGCUGAUGCAGACGGAGGAAACCCAGGGUUUGACCGCCGACCAGGAGGCUUCAGUGGGGGAGGACGGAGUCCGGCGUGCCGUGGACAAUGAGGAGGAUGGUGUAACCUACAGCUACACGUUCUUCCACUUCAGCCUCUGUCUGGCCUCUCUCUACAUCAUGAUGACCCUCACUAACUGGUACAAACCCAACUCCGACUAUGAGACCAUGCAGACCUCCAUGCCAGCUGUCUGGGUGAAGAUCAGCUCCAGCUGGCUCAGUUUGGGCCUCUACCUUUGGACCCUGGUGGCUCCGCUGGUGCUUCCUGAUCGAGACUUCAACUAAAAAUACUCAAGUUGCUAGGCUGAAAUGAGCUUCAUCUUAUAAUGCUUUGUUUUCAUAUUCUCCAUUCCAGUGCUAAUAUACAAUACUGACUGCUACUGUUUGUAGGUAUGAGAUGUUCAUUUUAGAAGUGCAGGGUAACGGAUUGACUUUAAGCUUUAAUCACAUUCCAGUUUCCACCUCAGGUGAAUGGUUUUUCUUCACUGUUAGAAAUAGUUACUGUUGUUUUUUUGGUUCUUUUGACAAAUAUUUAAUUUGUUAAAAUUGUAUACUGUUUUUUUGUUGUAGCUAAUAUUAACAGAAGUGCCUUAUUGUAUUCUUGACACAAAUAAUUCACAGCGACCACUUGAUCAAUUUCCUUCCUUUACAACCUUCUGCUUUAUGUCUUAGCAGAGUAAAGAUCUAAUGCUAUCCUGUAGGUGAUGCUGUUGUCCUUUUGAUUUAACGUUCUUUAUAUUCCAUUUGUUUGAAUUUCAAAUAUUUUCAAUCUUUUAUUUCCUGUUUAUUUUAGCCAUUUUUUUCUCCUAUUCCUCAAUGCCACCAUGUUAGGCUAGAAGGGAUGCCCAGACGCCGUACUGCUCUUCCUUCAGUGAUCACAUGAUUCUGUUCAAAUGUGAUUUACUGUAUUUCUCACUGGUGAAACACACGUAAACAAUGUGCAAUCACAAGAGCAUCGUGAACUGGAUGCUGAAGUAAAGCUGUUCUAAGCAAAAACUUCACUCAAGGCUUUAGUUGUGGUCAGAUGAGCAGUGACUGCUGGGACAUCUGGUGGUAAAUCCCAGAUGCUAAAACUACAACAUAACUGCAGGUCCUCGUAUACACACAGUGGUGACAGAUCUUUCAUUCAAGGUCAAAUCUUUGACCUCCUCCCCCUAUUUUCAUUCGCUGUGUGUCCAUUUAAUAAAAAAUAGUUGAAAUGAUAAAUACAAUGUUCAACGAAACAAGUUUAAGCCACUUCAGUUUGUGUGCUUUUUUACAUAUCAGCCAAAAAUAUUUUCCUAGAGAGAUUGUUUUAUAAUACUGUUAAAGUUAAUCUAUAAAAUAAUGCAACUGAAUGUCAGAUUCUUUUGUUUGCUUCACCAAUAAAGAAAAAAUGGUUUUCUUUAUGCAAAUCCAA